AGGGAGCGUGAUCGAGGGAUGGCCAGCCGGUUUGCGCUCGGCCCAACCCAGAGGCCGGUCAGGUGCAAGGGGCGGGGGCUCGCGUCCCGGGGCUGCGGGGCCUGGGCGGGCCAGCCCGCGGGGCAUUUAAACCCUGCUGGCGCCAGCCGGGGACACGCGCCGGCUCUGUGCCCUCCGUGGACUCAGCUUCGGGUACCAGCCCGGCAAGAUGCGGUCCUCCUUGGCUCCGGGUAUCUGGUUCCUCCGCGCCUUCUCUAGGGACAGCUGGUUCCGUGGCUUCAUCCUGCUGCUCACCUUCUUCAUAUAUACCUGCUAUCACAUGUCCAGGAAGCCUAUCAGCAUUGUCAAGAGCCGUCUACACCAGAACUGCUCAGAGUUGAUCAACCCUAUCAAUGACAGUCACAGUUUCAAUGAUACUACAUGGUGUAACUGGAGUCCAUUUGACAAAGAUGACUACAAGGAGUUACUGGGGGCUGUGGACAAUGCCUUCCUUGUGGCCUAUGCCAUUGGCAUGUUUAUCAGUGGGAUUUUUGGGGAGCGGCUCCCCCUUCGUUAUUAUCUUUCAGCUGGAAUGCUACUCAGUGGCCUUUUCACUUCCCUCUUUGGCCUGGGAUAUUUCUGGAACAUCCACAUGCUUUGGUACUUUGUGCUAAUCCAGAUCUGCAAUGGACUUGUCCAGACCACAGGCUGGCCCUCUGUGGUGGCCUGCGUUGGGAACUGGUUCGGGAAGGGAAAGCGGGGGCUCAUCAUGGGCAUCUGGAAUUCCCACACAUCUGUGGGUAACAUCCUGGGCUCCUUGAUUGCUGGCAUAUGGGUGAACCACCAGUGGGGCCUGUCGUUUAUCGUGCCUGGCAUCAUCACUGCUGCUAUGGGCAUCAUCACCUUCCUCUUCCUCAUCGAAUAUCCAGAAGAUGUGGACUGUACCCCUCCACAACACCAUGGUGAGCAAGACAAGGACCAGGACAAUCCUGAGGAUCCUGGAGACAGUCCCUAUGGUAACAGGGAGAGCAGCGUGGAUACUACAGCCAGCUGCUCCAAGGAGCCAUGCCCUGAGCCUGCUGCGAUCAGCUUCCUGGGGGCCCUCAAGAUCCCGGGUGUGAUCGAGUUCUCUUUGUGUCUGCUCUUUGCCAAGUUGGUCAGCUACACUUUCCUCUAUUGGCUGCCUCUCUAUAUCUUUAAUGUAGCUCACUUUGGUGCCAAGGAGGCUGGGGACCUGUCUACACUCUUCGAUGUUGGUGGUAUUGUAGGUGGCAUCAUGGCAGGGCUCAUCUCUGACUACACCAAUGGCAGGGCCACCACUUGCUGCAUCAUGCUGAUCUUGGCCGCCCCCAUGAUGUUCCUGUACAAUUACAUUGGCCAGAAUGGGAUUACCAGCUCCAUAGUGAUGCUGAUUGUCUGUGGGAUGCUGGUCAAUGGCCCUUAUGCCCUCAUCACCACAGCAGUUUCAGCUGACCUGGGCACUCACAAGAGCCUGCAGGGCAAUGCCAAGGCCCUUUCCACCGUCACAGCCAUCAUCGACGGCACUGGCUCCAUAGGUGCAGCUCUGGGGCCCCUGCUGGCUGGGCUUAUUUCUCCUACAGGCUGGAACAACGUCUUCUAUAUGCUCAUCUCUGCUGACAUCCUGGCCUGCUUGCUCCUUUGCCGGUUGGUGUACAAAGAAAUCCUGGCCUGGAAGGCAGCCCUAGGCAGAAGCAGCGGGUAUAAAGAAAUAUGAGGACUUGAUUAGAAGAGAAGCAUGGAGGGUCCACACUGGGUCCCCAAAGCACUCCCCAUGGGCAAGACAAUGGAAAUCUCCAUUGACAGGUGAAGUAAAGCCUCCUGAUCUAACACCAACGAGCCCAGCCCAGCCCAACCUAUAGAGCUGCUAAGGAUACAGAAGACUCCCCAUGGGAAGGGACUGCCAAGCACCAAGAAUGAGGAAAUAAAAACAUGAGGGCCUGAGCUCCAGGAGCUGUAAGCAGAAGGGAUGGGGAUCAUGAGCAGAAGUAAAGGGUAUGCUCAGACUCUUGCUUGUUCAGAUUCUAAGACAGAAGGCAGAGGCUCUUUAGUGCCAAGGCCUGGAAAAGUUAUGACUCUCCUUCCCAUGUUAAAUUCUCACUUCUGUAAUCAGCCUGUGCCCAUAAGGGGAGCAUUUUAUACUGUUUCAAAGGUGCCUGGCCUCUCUUUGUCCCUUUGUCCAUGAAACAGUCUUCUCUGUGUAUUUCCCUCAAGUUGGAUCCUCUUCUUCCACACUUCCAUUUGAUCCUGUUCACAACUCCCUUAGCAACUUUGAAGCAUUAUUGCUGCUCUUCCAGGGCAAGAUGAGGGUAGGGCAAAGGAGCUGCCUUGAGUACAGAAUGUAAAGGGGCACUCAUUCUUGGGCUCAUGCAUUUACUCCUUCAGAGAAAGGGCUGCCUCCCUUGCCUCACCCUGGUUCUUACCCUCUGAAGAUGCCUCAGUGGACAAUUACACUGAGGUCAGUGGUAUGGAGAUGAGGGGGGUGGGGCAUGACUGAAAAUACUAGUGUAUUAAGCAUUUGGAGAAUGAAAUGCCAGUGGUGCCUACUGCAUGCCAGCUCUACUGUAGGAAUGAAGUGGACAAUGGACACAGAAGAAGGGCUUACACUCUAAGCACAGGUGUCAUGGCAAGGAGACUAUCAAGAAAUGAGGGUGCUGCCAGGUUCAGUGGAGUAGCUGCUAACGUGCAGUUGCUUGGCGCCAUCUGCAGUCCCCCACCUCCCAUGUUCUGAUGUGCGAGCUCCUUCCAUCCAGAGUUCUGUUGUGACACACCAGAUUGACUCUUGGCAUUUCUGCCUGACCUCUACAGCUGUCCAUCAGCACCAAUACACAUUUCCUUUGACAACUGUGCCUGUGCUCAUUCUUGGUAGGG